GGAGGGGAGAGUCGCAGGGCAUCGAGCCCCGCUGUCGCCUCGACGGUGGUUGGCGUUUCAGGGGAGAGUCACACGAGAGGGAGGAGGAGGAGAAGAAGAAGAAGAAGAAGAAGGAAAGCAGCCCUUUUCUCUGCCCCUCUUUCUCUUUCCCUCCGCGGGCUCAACUCUCAGCAAGAGAAGCUCAUACGGGGGGGGGGAAGCGGGGUGACGUCGGGGAGAAGGAAAGGGGGCGACGGGUGCGGAGCCCGGAGGGCGACCGGCUAAGCCUCCCUUCUUCUCCUCCCUUCUUUUUCCCACACCCCCCCAGCUGACAACAUGGCUGCGGCCGCUAACGCUGCCCAGGACGAGCUGAAUCAGCUUGAGCGUGUCUUUUUACGGCUUGGCCAUGCAGAAACGGAUGAGCAGUUGCAGAAUAUUAUAUCCAAAUUCCUACCACCUGUUCUUCUGAAGCUUUCCAGUACACAGGAAGGAGUACGUAAGAAGGUUAUGGAAUUGCUUGUUCACCUGAACAAACGUAUCAAAAGUCGCCCCAAAAUCCAGCUGCCGGUGGAGACUUUGCUGGUCCAGUACCAGGAUCCUUCCGCAGUGUCCUUUGUUACAAAUUUCACCAUAAUAUACGUUAAGAUGGGUUACCCUCGUUUGCCUGUGGAAAAGCAAUGUGAGCUUGCUCCCACACUCCUUACUGCAAUGGAAGGAAAACCUCAACCCCAACAAGACAGCCUAAUGCACCUUCUAAUACCAACCCUUUUUCACAUGAAAUACCCUGUUGAACCUCUGAAAGCAGCUUCUCCGUUUAAUCUUGCCGAGAAACCAAAGACUGUGCAACUGCUCUUGGAUUUUAUGUUAGAUGUCCUCCUUAUGCCUUAUGGAUACGUGUUGAAUGAAUCCCAGAGUCGCCAAAGUGUCCCAGCUGGACAGGGCUCUUCUUCAUCAAGUGGUUCCGGAGGUUCUGGGAUCCCUCAGCCUCCUCCAGGAAUGAGCUUUUACGCGGCCAAGCGGGUAAUUGGGGACAGCCCAUGGACGCCGGAACAGCUGGAACAGUGUAAACUGGGCAUUGUGAAGUUCAUCGAAGCUGAGCAGGUGCCUGAACUUGAAGCUAUCAUACACCUGGUCAUAGCCUCCAGUGACACAAGGCACAGUGUAGCCACUGCAGCAGACCUUGAACUCAAAAGCAAGCAAAGUUUGAUUGACUGGAACAAUCCAGCCAUCAUCAACAGGAUGUAUAAAGUGUACCUUGGGGACAUACCACUAAAAACCAAGGAGGGAGCUGUUCUGAAACCAGAAUUGAAACGUGAUCCAGUCAGCACACGGGUAAAAUUAAAGAUAGUCCCUCAUCUUUUGCGCUCCAGGCAAGCUGCAGAAACGUUUCCUGCAAAUAUUCAGGUGGUCUACGAUGGACUUUUUGGUGCAAAUACCAAUGCAAAACUGAGAACCCUAUCUCUUCAAUUUGUGCAUCAUAUUUGUGUAAUUUGCCCGGAUGGUAAGAUAAAGCCACUGGGCCCGAUGCUCCUGAAUGGAUUGACAAAACUGAUUAAUGAGUAUAAAGAGGACCCCAAAUUGUUGUCCAUGGCCUAUUCAGCUGUUGGAAAACUUUCCAGCCGAAUACCUCAGCUGUUCACCAAGGACCUGGCACUAGUCCAACAGUUUUUUGAGGCUCUUUCUAAGGAAGAUCCCGACACCAGGCUUGCUAUUCAAGAGGCUUUGUCCAUGAUGGUUGGGGCCUACACAAAUCUAGAAGGAGCCCCGCGUACUCUUAUGGAGGCCCUUGUGGCCUCAAACCUAAUUAAGCCUCAAGUCCAAGUACGUCAGGUGGCUGUAAAGUUUGCCAGCACGGUGUUCCCUUCAGAUCACAUUCCUUCAAGAUACUUACUUCUUUUAGCUGCAGGAGACCCACGGGAAGAGGUACAUGGAGAGGCACAACGCGCGCUGAGAACGAUUCCUGGCAAGAAUGAAAAGGAGAGCGGUGGUAAACAGAUGCCUUCCUUCCCAGAAAUGGUCCAGUAUAUUCAAGAGAAGGCUUCUCACAGAAUGAAAACACCUGCUAAAUAUAUGACAGGGACUACAGUCAUGCCUUUCAACCCAGCUGCUUUUGGAGAGAUCGUCCUGUACCUCCGAAUGUGUCUCGCUCACAGUUCUGGUGUGGUGCCCACCUCUCAGAGCUUAGCCGAAAUGCAAGAUCAUGCUCCAGCUAUUGGCCGUUACAUUAGAAACCUCCUGUCUGGACACGUCAUAACAUCCUCUUCCUCAAAGGGAGGUGAAAGCAACCCUGUGCAGAUCUAUAUAAGCCUUCUUCAGCAACUGCUGUCUGGUGUUGGAGCGACACCGGAAGUGGCAUCACUUCCAGUAUCGCGGGAUUUCGGCAGCUGUGCCGCUCACUCCUCCAUCUUUCCUGCUUUCUGGUUCUGUUUGGGUUUGCCAGUGAUGUACUGCCUGUUGGAGGUUGUUUCCGUCUAUCCUGAAAAGCUAGCUGCAAGAUUUGUAGACAAAAUGGAUUGGAUAAAGAGCCUUAUGAAUACCAAUAAGGAAGAGAUGCGGGAGCUGGCUGCUCUGUUUUAUUCAGUAGUAUUGUCGACAGUGUCAGAAAAUGAAUUUAAAACAUCAGUUCAGCACCUGAUAAAAACAGCAAAAGACAAUCAUAAUCUGGAAAUGCAACAUGGAUCUUUGUUGGCUCUGGGAUUUACAGUUGGACGGUAUUUGUCAAAGAGAAAAAUGAGGAUGGUGGAACUGCAUGACUUGGAAGAUCCAAAUACCAUUGUUGCCCCAGAACAAGACCAGUUGAUAAAGUCAACGACAGAAACGAUUGGUUCUUUUCUGGAUAGUACCUCACCCCUCUUGGCAGUAGCUGCUUGUACAGCACUGGGGGAAAUAGGCAGAAAUGCGCCUCUGCCCAUCCCGAAUGAAGGGACUGGAUUUACAAAGCUUCAUCUUGUUGAAAGUUUGCUAGCCAGAAUUCCCUCAGGCAAGGAAACUAAUAAGAUGAAGGAACGAGCUAUACAAACGCUGGGUUACUUUCCAGUAGGGGAUGGAAAUUUCCCCCACCAGAAGCUACUCUUACAAGGAUUGAUGGAUUCUGUAGAGGCCAAGCAAAUUGAACUGCAGUUUACUGUUGGUGAAGCUAUUACCAGUGCUGCGAUAGGAACUAGCUCUGUAGCUGCCCGGGAUGCGUGGAUGGUAGCUGAAGAAGAAUAUACUCCUCCCGCUGAUGUGAAAGUUAAUGACGUGGUUCCCUGGGUCUUGGAUGUCAUUUUGAAUAAGCACAUUGUCAGCCCCAACCCUCACAUAAGACAAGCAUCCUGCAUCUGGCUUUUAUCACUGGUGAAGAAGCUCAGCACCCACAAAGAAAUUAAGUCUCACCUCAAAGAAAUCCAAACUGCAUUUGUGACUACUCUAUCCGACAGUGACGAACUCAGUCAAGAUGUUGCUUCCAAAGGCCUCGGUUUGGUGUAUGAGCUUGGGAGUGAGCAAGACCAGCAGGAGCUGGUUACUACUCUUGUGGAAACUCUUAUGACUGGGAGAAGAGCCAGGCAUGAAGUGACUGGGGAGACAGUGAUGUUCCAGGGAUCAGGCCUCGGCAAGACUCCAGAUGGCCAGGGUCUUUCUACUUACCAGGAGCUUUGUUCGCUCGCUAGCGACCUCAACCAGCCGGACUUGGUGUACAAGUUCAUGAAUUUGGCCAAUCACCAUGCAAUGUGGAACUCUCGGAAGGGAGCUGCUUUCGGUUUUAAUGUGAUUGCAACCAAAGCUGGGGAACAGCUCGCCCCUUUUCUCCCCCAGCUUCUUCCUCGUCUCUAUCGCUACCAGUUUGACCCCAAUCUAGGGAUCCGGCAGGCUAUGACCAGCAUUUGGAAUGCGCUUGUGACAGACAAAUCUGCAGUGGACAAAUAUAUGAAAGAAAUCCUUGAUGAUUUAAUAAGCAACUUGACCAGUAACAUGUGGCGGAUCCGAGAGUCCAGCUGUCUAGCAUUGAAUGAUUUGCUAAGAGGAAGACCCUUGGACGACAUUAUUCAUAAACUUCCAGAAAUAUGGGAAACUCUCUUUAGAGUGCAAGAUGACAUAAAGGAAUCUGUACGGAAGGCAGCAGAGUUAGCCCUGAAAACAUUAAGUAAGGUGUGUGUGAAGAUGUGCGACCCGUCCAAAGGAGCUGCAGGCCAGAGAACAAUAGCUGUCCUGUUGCCAUGCCUGCUUGAUAAAGGAAUGAUGAAUACUGUGACUGAAGUGCGGACUCUCAGCAUUAACACCUUGGUGAAGAUCAGUAAAAGUGCCGGGGCCAUGCUCAAGCCACACGCACCCAAGCUCAUCCCAGCUUUGUUGGAGUCUCUGAGUGUGCUGGAACCCCAGGUCCUCAAUUACUUGAGUCUGCGUGCUACGGAGCAGGAAAAGGCGGCAAUGGAUAGCGCAAGACUCAGUGCUGCUAAGUCCUCCCCCAUGAUGGAGACUAUCAACAUGUGCUUACAGUAUUUGGAUGUUUCUGUUCUGGGUGAAUUGGUUCCCAGGCUGUGCGAACUGACUAGAAGUGGACUAGGCGUCGGCACCAAGGGCGGUUGUGCUAGUGUAAUUGUAUCACUGACCACUCAGUGCCCUCAAGACCUGACGCCGUAUUCAGGCAAGCUCAUGAGCGCUUUGCUCAGCGGCCUAACUGAUCGAAACACCGUGGUGCAAAAAACUUUUGCCUUUGCCAUGGGACAUCUCGUGCGGACCUCACGGGACAGCAGCACUGACAAAUUGCUGCAGAAGCUGAACAGUUGGUACAUGGAGAAAGAAGAACAAGUCUAUAAAAUGGCCUGUGCAUUGACCAUCCAUGCCAUUGGGCGCUACAGCCCAGAUGUACUGAAGAAUCAAGCCAGACAUGUCUUGCCCCUGGCGUUCCUGGGCAUGCACGAGGUCCCCGAGGAAGAAAAAGGCGAGAAGGAAGAGGGCAACCUGUGGACUGAAGUCUGGCAGGAAAAUGUGCCUGGUACUUACGGUGGCAUAAGGCUUUAUAUGGAGGAAUUGAUAGCAAUCACCCAGAAAGCUUUGCAGUCCCAGUCUUGGAAGAUGAAAGCUCAAGGAGCAGCCAGCAUGGCGUCCAUUGCAAAGCAAACUGGCUCCCUGGUCCCUCCGCACUUGGGCAUGGUGCUCUCUGCUCUGUUACAAGGCCUGUCUGGGAGAACGUGGGCAGGAAAGGAGGAGUUACUGAAAGCUACUGCCAGUGUUGUCUGUUCAUGCAGCACAGAGUUGCAGAAGUCUUUACCCAACCAGCCCAGCGUUGACGACAUCCUACAGGCCUUGCUGAAGGAGUGCCGGAAAGAGAACCUCAGGUACAAGAUUGUGGCUCUCCGGUGCACGUCUGAUGUGCUCAAGGCCACGCAGGAGAAUCGGUUCAAGGAGCUGACAGACAUCAUCUUUCCAAUAAUAAAGAAGAACUGCCCUGAGAACAGUUCGCCACAGAACGAUGAUGAAGAUGAGAAUGAAAACGAGAAGGAGCUCCAGAUGGAAUCUCUUCUCUGUGCCUUUGAGAGUUUGGGCAAAGCGUGGCCCAGAAACCCAGAAACGCAACGCUGCUAUCAACAAGAGGUGUGCAAACUAAUGUGUGACCGGCUGAAACUCAGUACGUGGAAAGUGCAGCUCGGAGUGCUCCAAGCUAUGAAAGCUUAUUUUCAAGGGUUACUGUUGCUUGAAGCAGAACACUCAGAUCCUGAGGCUUUGAGAAGAAUACUGUUUGAAACCUGUUCCUCUAUCACCCAUUCUCUAGAGAAUAGAAGCUACACCUCCAUAAGAACUGAAGCCUUGUCAGUGAUAGAAGUACUGCUCACAAAACUUGAAGAGUCCAGACAGUGGGGGAGCCUGAACACAGAAAGCAGAGAAGUCCUCAUUGGCUCCUUAACAGCCCUGAUGUUGGACAGCAGGCCUGAGCUACAAGAGAAAGCCACUUUGCUAAAGAAAAUCUUAGAAAAACUCGAUUGAAUUGACAGCCAACCAAGUGCCAUGCGAAACGAAACAAGCGAAAGCGCGCUGUGAGCUCUGAAUACAGAGAGGGAACGUAAAGACGACUCUGUAGCAUGCAUCAUUCCUUGGCUAAAAUAAAGAACACCUUGAAUUCUGUUCCCCAUUAAUUUUCUCCACCUCCUCUCUCUCCCCCCCCCUCCAAUUUUUUGUAACCAUUUCAAGCAGUUUGGCUAGAAUGAAAGCCUCGAGCGUAUUAAAAAAACCCCAAAAGCACACAACCGUAAACCCAAGCUACGUAAUGAAUUUUUGGGAAAUUGUCCCGGCCUGCGUGCAAAUAAUGGAGGGGAAGAAGCACCUCGUUUGAAAAAUUAACACCAGCCAAAAUCUUUGGUGUGUACCUGGAAAUGAUGUUUGUAAGAAUUUUCAAAAGGUGUUCAUUGGAGCACUGGAGAUCAAAUACUCUGGCCUGUAUCUUUCAUGUGGAGUAAUUAUUACUUAGUGUUGUAUUGCUAGGACUCUGGGUCUUUUUAGAACAUGGUAAGCUAAUGCUAAUAUGGAGAGGUCCACCUUCUGUUGGUUUAGCCUGACUUCCCUUUUGGAAUCCCCUUGAUGUGUUCUGGUCCUCCUGGUCCGCAUACUACCACGUCAUCCGAUGUAAAAAUGGAGCAAUUGCACACUGGAAAGCACUUUAAUUAGCUGUCUGGAAACAAGGGUGUACUUGGUUUUAAACAAGCAAAAAAGGAGCACUGCCCUUUCCCGAAAUAAGUUUUGCAUGACACUCAGAAACAGCAAAGCCCUUAUCCAAAAUAAUGGUUUUCAAGAGUGCUCUGCAUUUUCCACGAACUGUCUCAUAGUAGGCUUCCUUUCCUCAGGUUUGUAACCCCCGUCUUGCUUUGAAAAACUGUACGUGUUUUAACAUUAUUAAGAAGGUGCAGUUAAAUAACAGCGUUAUAUCUGACACGGCAUAUUGUGGUUUAUAAGAAAGUACUUUUGUUUUUCUGGGUAAGGCUUAAUGUUACAUCCAUUUAAGAGAGUGGGAAUGCAUUGCAUUAAGCAGCCCCCUUUUCUUUAGUGGCAAAAGCAUUUUUGGGGAGGGAGGGGGAAAUGACAUUUGCUCCAGUUUUAAUAAAGGCUCCCUAGACGGUGCAGUUAAAACAUUUUAGAACUUCACAACCAUAAUUUAAGGCUCAUCGCCAUACAUCCACAGAAUACCGUGUAGGAAAUAACGUGUGCUACUCGCUAACAGUUUUGUCAUGUGUGGUGUCCUUACCCGUAAGAUGUUUGUAGGAUUUGUUUCACAUGAAGAUCUAUAUGCAGGUAGCACGUUAAUUCCUACAUGGAAGUGCCUUCUGCGUAGGAAUUUUGCAACGUACAAAACUGACCACUGGUUCUGCUUGAUUGGCACAGUUGCCCUGUGGCACCUUGGAGGGCUGCCUGACUCAGCCAGGAUUACUUGGAUGCAUCAGUUAUAUGAAUCGAUCCUCCCGCAGUGCAACAAGCCCCUUUCCAGGUGCCUUUGAUCACGAACCAUCGGCAUCUGCAUGGACUGCUCCCUCGCAGAGACACUUCAUACAUUUGGUGCAUACAUCCCAAGGUGCAAGGGCACAAGCUGUUUGUAAAUUGGCCUUUUUAGGGAGGUUCAGGACAUUUGACAGAAAAAGGGGGGUGUUUAGGGCUGCUUCACAUUUAAUGGCCACCCAGAAUUCCUGGGGUGGGGGUUACAUGCCUGUAUCCUGAGGUUACAGGUUACCUCAAAAUGGCAGCGAGAGGCAUGUUCCUGAUGUGCCGCCACAUUUUGAGGACUCCUGGCCAUUGUUACGAUCUCGCUCCGUGGAAGUCUACUGAGAAAUUAAUGACUGGUGUGUGUGUGUGUGUGUGUCUCUCAUGUGUGUCGUCAGACUCUUGUCUGUUGGUUAAAGGCCUUUGUCUUCUACCUAGCACUGCCCCGUAGCUAAGGAAUAGUAAAGCUGGUCUAAAAGAUUUUAAUGUAUUACGGAAAGCUGCUUGUUGUUUACGCUGAGUUUGAAUUUGCCAAGCACAUCUGUAAAACGGAAUGUUUGUAGGCAUAAGAUCUUUGCAUAACUUUUAACAAAAUAGCCCAUUUUGUCUCGCAGGAGCUCUCUCUCUCUCUUUUUGUAUUACGCAGAAAUGUCAAGUGUUGCUCUUUUUCUUUCUUUUUGCAACAGUUGUUUUGAGUGUUUUAAUAGAACCUGUGACAACCAUAUAUAUAUAUAUAUAUAUAUGACAUGUGCUAGGUCUCCGAUAUGACUCUUCAGCAACGGCUUCAGUAUUUUGAGGUGGAAUCUAAAAACUUGAGUUUGGAACAGCUGCUGUAGUAAGUAUUUCCAAAUGGAAAUUUAUAUUAACCGUACUGAAUACAAAAAUUCCAGAAUAAGAACUACCUGGAAUGUGCAAGUUUGGUGAAUAGCUUCUCUGAAUAGCUUUUUUUCUUCUAAAUUUAGAUUAUGAACUUACCAAACAAACAUGUGCCUCUAUGAGAAACCUACCUGCAAAAAAAAAAAAAAAAAAAAGUUGACUUAGAGGUCAGAUACCCGUCCCUCUUUUAAAUUUGUUGACUUGAUAGGAAAAAAGUGGCCUUUGGAGAGUUAUGUUUUCCUCUGAAAACAAUUGCACUAUAAAACACUGUUGCCCAAAUGUGGGCGCUUGUGCUGCUGUUUAAUGCUGCUUUGUAUACCUGGAUUGAAGUGUGUAAAUUUGACACUAUAGCACCCGCUGAAUUUACAAACUUGUUUUGUGUUUUAAAGAUUUCUAAUGUUGCAAGGAAAAGGUCUCCAUUAAAUUCACUACAUUCA